AAACGAAUCAAGAUGGCGUACAAACCUUACGAAAAGCGACACCGGGAUUUGCAGGAGGAUGUGCGUCCCCCUAAUAGUAGGCUUUUUGUCAUCUGUGGAAAGGGUGUCAAAGAAGAAACUUUCAAAGAAGCUUUCGAAGAAUAUGGAACAAUCGAGGACAUUUGGGUCGUAAAAGAUAAACGAACCAAUGAAGACAAAGGUGUAGCUUACAUCAAGUUUUCCAAGUCAUCCGAGGCUGCUCAUGCAAUGGAAGAAAUGAAUGGCAAACAGUUGGAGGGCUCUCCUAAACCUAUUAAAGUUCUCAUUGCCAGCAGUAAAAGGGAAGGAUCUGUUCGAGAUCCUAAGGAAGAUGAGAAACUGCUAAGAUUGUUUGUUAUUGUUCCAAAGUCAUAUACUCGUGAUGACCUGAAAAAGGAGUUUGAGAAAUAUGGUGAUGUGGAGAGUGCCACAUUGGUGACCGAUCGAGUGUCUGGGGAGUGUAAAGGCUUUGGUUAUGUGCGUUAUCACAGGGCCUACCAUGCUGCCCUGGCCAUGGAGACUUGUGAUCCAUCUUUCAAGCCAAAGUUUGCUGACCCCAAGCCAAGUAAGGAUGAUUAUGACAAUCAUAAUCGGCGAGAUCGUGGCGACAGGGACAACAUGUACGGAGGAUACCAAGGGGGGUACCGUGACAUGAUGGGAGGUUAUAACACCAGAGGAGAUAGAGGUAUGAAGAGGGGUUACCAGGAUAUGGGAAUGUCUCGAUUUGAAAUGGGUCGUAGCAACAACCGAGAAGAGUAUGGAGGUGGAGGUGGCGGUGGCUAUUACCAGGAACCAAACAGGAUGUCAGUUCCAACACCCUCCCAGCCCUUGCUAUCUAUGGGCAACAACCCCCAGCCUGGACCUAUGGAAAUGCUCCAGUCCUAUCAGAGUCAUGGCAGUACAAGACUUCACAUCACAGCACCCAUUGGUCUCACCCAGGGCUAUCUCACACGCCUCUUCAGUCUCAUUCCGGGCCUCGAGUACUGCGAUCUUAACGAGACCACUGGUGUAGCUUAUGCAAGAUACACUACUGGGCAGUGUGCGUCUUACGCUCGUGACAAACUUGAUGGUUUUGAAUAUCCCAUUGGCAGUCGAUUGAUGGUGAGGUUUGCUGACGGACCAAGCACUGCACCAACACAAGACACACAACAGGACAUGAGUGGUGGCUAUGACAGUUAUCGUGGCUACUGUGCAGCACGUCCAGACCAACACAAAGCUGAAGACAUGAUUCAAAGGGUUUUCUUGCAGGCGGCCCUGAUACUUGAGAAAGCUGGCAUUAACCCUGACCGAGUGCUGACUGGCAACUCGGGGGCAGGACUAGGACCUGUAGGUGGGGAUAUGGAGAGGGUGGCAUAUACUUCCAUACCCCUCCCUUAUCCUCAAUCCAUGAAACCAGAGGAUACAGAGGUAGUACAGAGACUGUUUAUUGUUUGCCAGCCCUCAGGUAUACCAGAGAAAGUUUUACGGGACGCCUUUUGUAGAUUUGGGAAUCUCAUCGAUGUCUACUUGCUUCCUGCUCGUAAUUAUGGCUAUGCCAAGUUUGCCUCCAAGGACUCUGCCAUGCGUGCUAUCCAAGUGUUACAUGGUCAGAAUCUGGCUGGUAAUCGUCUGAAAGUGUUGGAGGCAGAGCCACCUAAAAACGAGCACAAUGACAACGUAGGAGGUGAUGAGGAGCCAAAACGACCCCGCUACUGAGACAGCUGACUGACCAUUCCUGACACUGAUUUUACUGACCAAGAGACUUGCGGAUGACCAAAACAAACCGGACAAUAAUCUGUUGGAGCUUUACUGACUUGCUGGGAAGAAGACAGCGUCACUUGAUAACGAAACUUACAAAGUUACAGAUUUUAAUUAACUUGAUUGACUUGAUGGAAUUGUCGACGGGAAGUUGACAAUUAUCAACAGGAAGAAUGACAAAUUUCCACGGGAAGGUUGACGUUUGUCGAUAAGGUUGACCUAUUGUCGACAAGGUUGACAAAAAUUCUGAAAGACUAACAUUACCUGUUCAUCUUAAAUGUAGUAAUUCAAUAUUGUAAUGAAAGAAGAUUUGACUCAGUUUACAAUCAACCUGUGCAAAGUUUAAUGAUGACUACAUCAAAAGAUUGUGUUUUAAUCAGACUUUGUAGACCUGGCCAAAUCCAAAUGUAUUUACUAAAAUAUGACUUCAUUAUGGACUGAAGAACAAAAAAAUUCAUAUUUUCUGUCACAGAAGAAAAGUAGAGAAACUCAUCAGUUUUAAAGACUCUUAUUUCAUUGGUAACAAAAUUUUUGUUUGAUAGAUGGUUUUGUAGAUAGGAAAGGCUUUGUCAGUUUAUCCACUUACCAGUAGCAUUACUUACAGUGUAGCUUUUGUUGUGUAAGUAAUCAAUGUACAUGUUGACAUUCUGGUGUUAAGUAUCAGACCUCUUCUGUUUUCUGAUUAUUAUCACUGUACAUUUGUCAUAUUCAUUCUCCACAUGGGAUUAUACUGGAGAUAUUCAUUCAUAAAUCAUUGUUUUCAAUUGUUUAACAAUUGCUGAAUUGAUAAUGUUUUUAAAGACAUAUACUACAUGUAUCAUACUCCAAAUUGUAACUCUUUUUCCAAAAGAGUUUGUCUUUCCUGUGUAGUUCAAUACGUAGUCACAGAAAUACAUUUAAGAGUGCAUCAAAAUGAAUCAAGAAUAAUGUCCUGACCAUUUAAUUUUGAAUUAUUUUAUAAUCAGCUCAUAACAUUUGAAAGAUGUCUACUACACACGCCCAGUUUGAUCUAUAGAAUGAUACCUGAAUUUUUGGAUAUUAUGAAAACAAUUCAUUAUAUAUUAAGUGCUAUAUGAGAAAAUCCAACAUCAUCUGAUGUAUAGACUACACUAAACAGGGUAUUUAUCCACAUCGCACCAAAAUUACAACUUUUAUAGAUGAUAUUAAGGCAGUGUUAAUAUUUAUGGUUUUUAUGACAUUGUAUAUAUCAUUGAUAUUCAUGAACAUGUUUUCAACAUCCUGGUACACAUCUUAACAUCUUUACAUUCAGGACAGAUUUGGAAAAAUGGGAAACAGUGACCAAAAAGCUACAUUUUAUCAUUCUUGACAAAUUGAAUUUAGUUUCAUAUAUACAUUGCAUGACAUUGGUUUGAAGAACUUGUGAUUGAUAUUAAUCGUUAGUCAUUUUGACCUUUGAUUUCUGUAUCUAUCAUCUGUAAUAAUUAAGAAUGGCAGUCCAUUUUCUUCAACUAUAGACAAGUACAGCAUGGCUCAUGUUUGAUAAUUAUUUUUGUCUUUUUUCAUUUAAUUUGAAAAUCUUUAUUGUCAUAUUGUUGUUGAAUUACAAGUUUUACCUGUCUCUGGUAUACUAAAUAUCUGUCUGGUUUUCCAAGUGUCACUUGGAGUUGUUUUUGGUGUCAGCUCGUGAGUUUUUACAGUGUUGUAUAAGUAUCAUUAGUUAACUAGGUCAUUUUGUUAGGAUGGACAUACAUAUACUGUUCUUGUUUGGUAUGAGCCUAUACUUACUGUGUAAACUAUGUAUGGGAGGAUGUGUGUUGUACUAUUCUUCAGGUCAAGGCAAGAUGGUUCUUGUGUUAUAUUGGUGACUUUUCAGAAUUGAACAUACCCUCAUAGUGUUGGGCCAGCUCUUCACAGUAAUGGCAUUCGCUGGACAAAUCAAGCUUUUUUGAUUGAAUUCUAUGUAUAAUUUAGUCCUCCUAUAGUCUAACUGAUUUAAUGUUAACAUAUCAAAUUGCAUCGAAACAUUUCCUGCACAUCACAGAUAUGUAUUGUGUCAAUUACAUUACUAACAUGUUGAGAUUGCUCCAGUGCUCUCAUCAUUGUAUAGAAUCAAACAAAACAAGUAUAUCGGACAAGAUUCAGAGAAUCUCCUUAUUUACAAAGUGAUUUUUUAUUUGUCUAUUAUUUAUGAAGUAAAAUUAUUAUUUCUAUUUUCAAGUAUUUGAAAUUUUGAUAGAAAAGCAGAAAGUUUUUUAAUAUUUUUGGUGAAUAUGGUUUCAGGAAAAUCUUUCAUUUUCUUUUAUGAUAGAGAAAAAGUUACUGAUGACAUAGUAAUCUUCGACUUGCUCGUUUAUGAAUCAUUAUUGCCAUGAUGCUUUGCUGUAUAUUGGUUAAUGUUCAAUGAGAAAUUGAAAAGGAAUCAAAGUAAAUGAAAAUGACAUGCGUUUCCUUGGCAUCUAAUGAAUUAUGCUUAUGUAUGAGAUGAUUCACUUUGUACUUUAAGUAUGUGUAUUUUUGAAAACUUCAGUGGUAAUAAAAUUUUAUGGAUGACAUA